GGCUGCAGAGAAAAGCUAUCAGAUCUUCUUCAAGGCGCCUGUGUGCAGCACCUCUGAGUGGUGGCUGGCUUUUGUGUGCGUUCACUUGCUGGCUCUGUGGCAAGUGGUUCCAGUCUGUUUAGUCCCCCAGGAACGACAUGAGACAAAUACAAAAGCUCUCAUUAACCGAACACCAUUCUGAAGCUUGGAGGGUGGUCUCUAUCUGCGGGUCAACCUCUACCAGAUGUCAGCUGGGUGCGCACCACUUCCCACCAUCACGGCCAAGGUGGCCAGCCCGGAGCCCGAGAAACCCGGCGGAACUCAAGUGCCAGCUCAGCCAAGGCUGGCGGACCGCGGGAAGAGUGCGCACCGGAAGCGGUCCUGGGAGGUGAACAUGGCGACCGCCUGGGGCCUACGCUGGGGCCUGAGCCGAACUGGAACGUUGUUGCUCGCGCCGCCCGCGCACUGUGCUCGCCGGGCUCUGCACAAACAGGUAGACGGCACCACGUUCCAGAGCAUCUACAGCCUGGACAAGCUGUAUCCCGAGUCCAAGGGCGCGGAUACCGCCUGGAAGGUCCCGGAGCAUGCAAAACAAGCCAGCAGUUACAUCCCUCUAGAUCGGUUAAGCAUAUCUUACUGUCGGAGCAGCGGUCCUGGGGGGCAGAACGUGAACAAAGUGAAUUCCAAGGCUGAAGUAAGGUUUCACUUGGCCAGUGCAGACUGGAUUGAGGAGCCUGUGCGCCAGAAGAUUGCCCUCACGCAUAAAAAUAAGAUCAACAAGGCAGGAGAGCUGGUACUUACCUCUGAGAGCAGCCGGCAUCAGUUCCGCAAUCUGGCAGAAUGCCUGCAGAAAAUUCGAGACAUGAUUGCCAAGGCCAGCCAGGUACCCAAAGAGCCAUCCACAGAAGAUGCUCGGCUUCAGAGACUCAGGAUUGAAAAGAUGAAUCGGGAAAGGCUACGACAGAAAAGACUAAACUCUGCCCUAAAGACCAGCAGGAGAAUGACGAUGGACUGAAGUCGGCCCUCCCUGCUGGCAUAGACCCGCGUGCCAGUGCAGCUCAGCAGAACGCUGACACACACAGGAGACUUUUCUCCAUUAACCGCCGUGCCCGAGCAGCGUUCCUUUGGAGCGAGGCUGCAGAUCAUCCAGGGCUGCCCCUUCCGUUAUCCACCUCAUGAAUCACUGGCUGCAAUAAACAUGGAAGCACAGGAGCCUGUUUCCAGUGAGAGCUUU